AUAUUACGCCAGGAGGAGAAGACUUUCGUUUCGCAAAGUAAGGAAGUGCUAGUCACAAGCCACCCGUGCUUUAGGACCCAGCGAGCACACGCUUCGACCAAACUACGGAACUUUCCAUAAAGAAAACUAAACGCUCUUGGGUCACAAGCUUCCGGGGAUUUUCCAGCAUUCCACUACACUCAACGUGCACAAGUCGGUUCAGUUUCUUGUCAUUUAACAUAAAGUGAUAUGGAAUAUGGAGCCAGAAAUGGAGCUGGCGGCUUCGUAGUCCACACAGAGUGCAUUUCAUCGGAUAAAAGUUAAUUAUUUAAAUAGUUUCAGUCAGGAGUCUGUGUGGUAUCAUUAAAUUGAAAAUCCCUUUUCACUUUAAUAUUUUUCUCUGAAGAGGAACUGCUUUAUCAAAGGUACCACAACAGUGAAAUGGCAGGCUGAAGGGAUUUACAAUUCCUCAAUUAGAUACUUAAGUUGCUACAGUCAGAGAUGCAAAUCUUGAAAAAAGAUAUUCACUUGUCCAGUUCCAGUACAGUGCCGGAAAUGUACAACCAAGCACCCAUAAUCACUAAGCAUCCAGUUUCAGCAUGUGUCCCUAAGAAUUAUCGCCUCACUCUGCAUUGUCAGGCAAAAGGGAUUGGGGUUUUAAACUACCAGUGGUUUCAGACUGAAGAUGAAGAGGUUCCAGGUGGCACAAAACCUGAUCUUGUCAUCACAGCUGAAAAAACACAAGUUUAUGUAUGCAGAGUGAAUGAUCAACAUAAUAACUGUGUAUUCAGCGAAUGGGUCAAGGUUAAAGUUCAUGAUAUAGGAGAUGUACCAGUUUCAUGGCAAGGACAACCAUGGAUUUCAGUGCAUCCUGUCUCAACAACCGUAAAACAAGGUCAUGAUUUAAAGAUACAGUGUGUUGCUUUUGGAAUUCCACGUCCAGUCCUUCAGUGGUAUAAGAAUGGAAAUCUGUUACAGAACCAGGCAAAUGAAAUGUUAAUUAUCAAGAAUGCAGAGAAGAAUCAUGAAGGCACUUACCUUUGUUCUGUCACAAAUAUUCAUGAUGAAAAAUGGACUGAGCCUGUGGAAGUUCAUAUACUUUGCACACCUCCAGAUAAAAUCUCUACAAGAAGGUAUUAUGCAACAGACAAAGUGGCACUGCUGAUUGGGAAUCUGAACUACUCCCAUCAUCCAAACCUCAUUGCUCCAGUGAUGGACGUCCAUGAGCUGGCUCAUUUGCUCCAGGAGCUCAAUUUCCGUGUUGUUUCACUGCUUGACCUCACCAAACAAGAAAUGACAGCGGCUAUUUUACAAUAUCAGCAACUGCUAAGCAAAGGCGUAUAUGCUUUAUUUUACUAUGCUGGCCAUGGAUAUGAAUGUUCAGGCAGAAAUUAUUUGGUUCCCAUUGAUGCUCCUCAGCCAUAUAGGCGAGAAAACUGCAUUAGUGUUCAACUAAUGAAAAUAAUGCAAGAAACCCACACAUCAGUUAAUGUUGUGUUACUGGACACAUGUAGAAAAUGGUAUAACCAGGAAUUUAAUCCUUCCGAGAUAAGGCCACUUGAACCUUUGGGAAACACAGUCUAUGGCUAUGCUACGUGUGAAGAUGCUGAAGCAUACGAAGUUCAGGAUGGAGAGCGUAGUACUGGAAUAUUCACUAAGUACCUUAACAAGCGUAUUUUACAAGAAGGAAAAAUUACUCACGUUCUUGAACAAGUUCUGGAAGAUCUGGGCAAAGAUCCCUUAAUAACUGGAAAACAGGUGAUGGAAAUUAAACACACGUUAAAAGAAGCUCGAUCUCUUACUGACAGCAUUCGUUCUGUGGGAUACACUAUGGCCCUCGCACAGAGAAACCUCUGCUGGAAAAACGCUAAUGAUGUUCCCCAAAAAAAAGAAGUCAAAUUUGUCUGUGGUGUGGAAGUUGAACUCAGCUUCUCUGCACUAUUUUCAAAUGUCCUGAUUGUCUUUGCAACUAUAAAGAAAGCAGCUGCAGAUACUUUGGAUUGUAGCAUCAGCCUGCAAAGCACUCCUGUACUGGAGGAUGUCUUCUCAAAUCACAGCAGCCAAUCCGAUAGCUUUAAUUCUUUUCAGUUGCAAGGAGGUGAAAAUGCUGAUGGUAUCCUUCGUCUGUGUGGUCUGCAGAAACUGAAGAGAUCCAUGACAAUAAAAGUGGAUUUACAUUAUACAGAAGCUACCAGCAGACACAGACUUGUGGUAAGUAAAGAAGAAGACAUUGGAAAGCCACUGGUUGCAAAAUGUGAACUUCACAGACAUAUUAAUGUGGAUAAAUUACCAGAAACCGGGGCAAAAGGGGCUUCUUCAGCAAGUAAGAGUAUGGGCCAUAUGGGACCUCAACAGACUCCAGUGCCUCAGGCCUUCAGGCCCUCCACCCGCCAUGCAGAAAACAUUCAGAAACUGCUAGAAAGCCACAGUUCUAUAAACUGUAAUGAGCCAGAAGAAAAUGACGAGAGUGACAUCUUGGACCAGAGGCGUGUGAAACAUUAGGGCACCCUUGGUGCGGCAGCCGAGUUCUGCGUGAUGGCCGUGGAAUGUGUCCUAUAGUGAGUGCUGAUGAAGACUUUCAAGCACAACUCGUUAACAUUUGGCUCUCUGUGCACCUUUUUUAUGGAACGUUGCCUACGGAUUCAAAACGUCCAUUUUUCUUUUCUUUUGUCCUACUUAAAUGAACUGUUUAAUAUGGCGACUUGACUUAUUCACAGAGUGAAAAAGAUGUGCACGUUACUGCACAUAUUAUGGGCUGCGUUAAAGCAAAAUAAGUGACUGGAUCACAGCACCAGCUGAAAUAAUGAAGAGCAUACAAUGUGUGCCUAGCAAUAUACAAUUGGUAAUUCUUAUAUAUGUAAUCUAUUUAUUUUGGUUUCUAUUUAUCACAUUUUAAUCUAAUAUAUUUUUGUGGGAAGUAAAUGGUAAAAUGCACAAGCAGUUUACAGAAGACAUAUCAAUACUAGUUAGGUAUUCAUUGUAUUUUUUCUUCCAUUUUUGAAUAUGUGACACGUUUAGAGUCUACAAACCUGUCCAAGUUCUGAACUCACAUUAGCAAAGUAAAGGAGCACAGGAUGUACUUCAACCACACUGGCACAUCUCGCCAAUGUGAAAUACAGUUGUGCUUGAAAGUUUGUGAACCCUUCAGACUUUUCUAUAUUUCUGCAUAAAUA